UUUAGCACAAUGUCCGCGCGAUAAGUUUGAAUUCCGCGUCGUAAUGGAUCUUGGGGUUGGAUUUUACGAAAACAGGAAUCGAUCGCCUCCUGUUAAAGUCCUCUCCAGUCAACUCCGGGAGGGCAAUGAACAAACAGGUCAAAAUGGGAAGAUACGAUGCACAAUAAAAAGACUGGGAUUGGCGAAGACCACGCCGCUGCACGUCUCUGUGGUGUGGAUGCAGGGCACUGUGCUGAAAGUUACUUCAAACGCCGACACUACAGUGCUGCUCAUUGACGAGACCGGGACUUUCACCAUCAAUGGUGUCAACAGUAUCCCUAAAGGAAAACCUUGUCUUUCCCAGGGCAAAUAUGUGAUGGUGAUGGGAGUCAUUCAGUCCUGCAGGCCUGAGCCGGUGCUCCGUGCCGUGAAGAUGACGGACCUCUCUGGGAACGACAUCCACAGGAAAAUGUGGAAAUUGGAAGUGGAGGACCUGCAGCAGACACUGGAAUAAGCUGUGGACUGGGCACCCAGGGGUGCUGUCACUGACAUUUCCAUUGUCCUCUUAAAUUUCCAUUCUAAAAAGUGACUGUGAGUCAGUCAUUCAAGUAUCAGUUUAAUUAUUUUGUUACAAAGUGUUUUACUAAAUGAUAUUCUUUUUCUUAAGACACAUUUUAUUUAAUUACAGUGUUCUUUCUGCCAGUUGUAGUGGUGGAUAUAUAUAAAGUUAAAUGAGCUAGCACUGCAUUAAGCUCGUUUGCCUGAUUGCUCUUGGUUACAUUCAGCCUUUGCAAGCUCCAUUCUUUGCUUACAGACCAACUCGGGACCAGGACUGACAUGGUUGUUCUUUGUACAGAUGCUAUUUAUUUUUCUAGUUUUCAUGUCACUUCUUAUCAUUGGUGCCUAAAUAACCAAAUGAAAAUAUGAAAGAAUGUGUUUGGUUUGAUUAAUAAACAAUUUGAAAUCUU